AGAUGGCCAUGGCAAAUGCAGUGUUCUUCGUUCGUAGCAAAUGUGGUUCUCUAUCUCGCUUUGCUGUUUCAAGGAUGCCGUUCAGAAGCUCUCAGGUGAGCUUCUUAUUUGUUUUUCUAUUGUUCUUCAUGACUUUAUGUUCCAGACCAGGUGUUCUUUCCAAAAACGAGGCGGUGGCUUUGAAACUAGCGAGGAUUGGUUUUCCAGAAACUUGGCAUUCGUGCGAGCCGUACCUGUGACGAUUGGAGUUGGCUCGUUUGGAUUCGUAUUCUUGAAUAGAACACUUUCUGGUGUUCCUCUCGUCGCAGGUGCAAGCAGUUCUCAAUCGAGGGCGGAUGUUUUAGUGGUUGCCUUGGCUGCUACUGUGCUUCUCGCUGGACUCGUCUGGAUCUCUAUUCAACCAAGACGCUUCAAGCCUGUAGAGUUGGAUGGAGUACAAUGCAUGAGGGUGUAUUUAUCGUCUGAAGAAGCGAAAGCGGAGCUUGUAUGGGCCUGGGAGACAAUGAGCAAGACGACUUGCUGCAAGUCUUUUGUUGUGUUAUAUAAGAUGCGAUGCGUCUUUCAAGCGGGAAUAGCUGCGGAUCAGGAAGGUGACGCCUACAAAAUCGAUGGGCUCAGCGUCAUGAGAGGAACUUUAUGCACGGCUGCUCUAGCCAGUGGUAAACAAUCAUACUUGGCCAACCUUUCUUUGUACCCGGGUCGCUAUGAACUCCCUUUCCUGCCUCAAAACACCCAGGUACGCAACUUUUCUAGCAGGCGAUUGAAAUGCAGCACUUUGUUUCAGUCUGUCAUAAUCCAACCUUUGGGAGACUCCGGUGUUCUGAUACUGGCGGGCGAUACUAUCCGAGGCUUCUCUCCUCUCGACCAGGUACAAAAACAAUCGAUGCAGUUUUUACUCUCAGUGUUUGCGGUACAGAUCUGGAUCACUACACUUGGCCAGAAGCUAGAUGCUACACUCGAAACCCUUCAAACGUUUUUAGGAUUCAACUUGGAGAGAUUCUUGGCCGCUGUUUUAGCACGCUCGACGUCACAAUGGGUCCUGCACGAUGCAAGGAGGCUCCCCCAGGCACUCGCAACAGGCUCAAACGGCAUGUUUUGGAUCAAGUCCUCAGCCUUCUCGAGUUCUCCCAAGCGACCAAGUAUGUCAACCAUGGAGCAGUAAUGCUCGCUGCCAGCCACUAUGUCACGGUCAUACAGCAUCGAAACGAAGUACUUGCAGCUUUCCUCGAGCAAACCAAGGUGCCUACAAGCCACCAACGCGCUU